CCCGCGCCACUUCCCGCCUCCCACCUCCAUUUCCAUCAUUCGCGUCUUCGCUCGUCGUCGCACCCACACUCACCCCGCCUUCACACGGGUGCCACUGCCGUGGCCUCUCUCGGAGAGGUGGGCAGCAGCGGCGUGCUGGAGCUUCGCGGGAGUACACUGACAUCGGCGUCGGCCCUGCUGGGAAACAGCGAGGUCGGUGCCUUGUCCACCCUCACCAACGGUAUCUGCAAUGGAAAUAUACCUUCGACAACCCAUAACAACAACAACAACAACAAUACCAGUAGUAGCAGCAGUAGUAACACUGUUUCUAGUACUCCUACUGCUACUACUAAUACCAGUAAUAUUUCAGUGAGCUCAGCUUCAACUAAUCACAGCAACAAUAAUAAUCAAUAUCGAAGCAGAAGCGGUAGCAACAACAACAACAAUCACAACAACCAUAAUAGUAACUCUACGAGUAAUAACAACAACAACAACAGCAGCAGCAGUAACACCAACACUAACACCACCACCACCACCAACAACAACAACAACAGCAGCAACAGCAAUAAUAACAACAGUAAUAACAAAGAAUUGGACCCUAAUCAAAAACCUCCGUAUUCGUACGUGGCCCUUAUUGCAAUGGCCAUCAAGGAGUCAAGCGAAAAACGUUUGACUCUGAGUGGUAUCUACCAGUAUAUAGUCAACAAAUUUCCGUAUUACGAAAAAAACAAGAAAGGGUGGCAGAACAGCAUUCGGCAUAACCUCAGUUUGAACGAAUGCUUUGUGAAAGUGCCCCGAGAAGGCGGUGGAGAACGCAAGGGCAACUAUUGGACAGUGGACCCGGCUUACGAAGGAAUGUUCGAGAAGGGUAACUACAGACGACGUCGGCGCAUGAAACGGCCGUACAGGACUACCAUCUCUCUUCACAAACCCCUUUUCGCAGACUCUUGCACGUUCAAUCAGUUCGCACUGACCAAGAACUACUUCUCGCCGUCCUACGCACACCAGUAUUCACAUCAGUACCCCCCCUGGACCUUGAACCCGUCCUCCAAUGCCGCCGGCAUGGGUCACAUGUCUCAGAUGAGUUACAGCUCCUGCCAGCGCGUGCCAUCCACAUUUGGAGCCUACCCGACGGCAGCCAUGCAGUCAAGCAUGUCGGGCAUGCGCAUUGCCCAACCGCCGACCAAUUACCCACAGCUAAAUGACUAUUCCCCAGCGACAGCUGCCACGUCGCCCAUGUCACCCUUUGCUUUCACCCCACAACAACAAACCGAGCCGUCCUUCAACGCCAUGCCUUACACCUAUUGGACAGAGAGGUAA